AUGACCAUCGCGGCUGGGGCAGUCUCGCCCGCUGGGUCAGUCAAUGCUUAUCGCCCUCCCGGCCGAAACAACAGCUUCUUCGAGGACUAUGGCAUCUGGAAGGAGGCGCCCAUCUUCACGGGCAGCACCAAGUUUGACCCAUUGCCCGAUGUCAAGAAUAUCAUGAUCACGGGAGGCGCCGGCUUCAUCGCCUGCUGGCUCGUCCGUCACCUCACACUAACCUACCCCCACGCCUACAACAUUGUCUCGUUCGACAAGCUAGACUACUGCUCCUCACUCAACAACACCAGAGUCCUCAACGACAGACGAAACUUUACCUUCCACCAGGGCGACAUCACCAACCCGUCCGAGGUCCUGGGCUGCCUCGAGCGGUACAACAUUGACACCAUUUUCCACUUUGCGGCCCAGUCGCAUGUUGAUCUGAGCUUUGGUAACUCGUACGGGUUCACCCACACGAAUGUGUACGGGACCCACGUCUUGCUCGAGAGCGCAAAGAAGGUGGGCAUCAAGAGGUUUAUCCAUAUUUCCACCGACGAGGUCUACGGCGAGGUUAAGGACGACGACGACGACUUGCUGGAGACGAGCAUUCUGGCGCCGACGAACCCGUACGCGGCGAGCAAGGCGGCGGCCGAGAUGCUGGUGCAUUCGUAUCAGAAGAGCUUCAAGCUGCCGGUGAUCAUUGUGCGGAGCAACAAUGUUUAUGGACCGCAUCAGUAUCCCGAGAGUGAGUUUUUGGCCCGGUUUUGA